AUUAUUAUUAUAUCUGCGAUAUUGUGAAUAAUUGUGAUAUUGACCGCCGGUGGCUUGUGGGUGUUUUUUUUUUCGAUUUAUUAUUUUCAUUUUUUUUUUUCACUCAACAGCUUAACGUGUUCUGUCGUGUGUGUGUCGAUUGAUAAUAAAUAAAAAAUUAAAAUCAAAUCGUCUACGAUUGCUUAGUCGUGUCGCACCCGGGAACUGUCGACCGAAGACUUCGUACGAAUUUUUGGUCGUGUGCGUUUUCCGAUCAACAAGCCAUGCCCACAACGAUGAUAAUAUUAUUGUCUGCCGAUUGAGAUAGAGCACGGUGGAGAACAGUGUCUGUUUUUCUGCUGUUGGGCGGUAGACACCGUCAGCACGUCAUCCUCUUUCAGACGCUCACCUUCACGUGCCGUCCGCCGACGACGACGGUUUUAUUUUCACGCGGGCGGCAGUCCAGUUGUCCAGAGAUUAGUCCCUCUAGGUACCUCUAACCUACCGACGACGACGAAUCUCGAAAAUGACUUUUUUUGGACUUGGACAAACGGCAGAGUUGGAAAUAGUCUUAGAUCGACCAGAUGGAAAAAAAAAACUAGAUGAAAGCAGUAAAAAAGAUCAAAGUUUAAUAUAUUAUGAUGGAGAAACUGUAUCUGGAAGAGUUAAUGUAAUACUAAAAAAGUCAAGCAGUCGUUUGGAACACCAGGGUAUUAAAGUUGAAUUCAUAGGCCAAAUAGAAAUGUACUAUGAUCGAGGUAACCAUCAUGAGUUUACAUCACUAGUCAAGGAACUGGCAAGGCCUGGAGAAAUGUUACAAAAUACUUCUUAUAAUUUUGAAUUUUUAAAUGUAGAAAAACCAUAUGAGACAUAUACUGGCUCUAAUGUGAGGCUGAGAUACUUUUUAAGAGUUACCGUCAUAAGAAGAAUCUAUGAUAUAGUUAAAGAAAUGGAUAUUAUAGUACAUACUUUAUCCUCUUAUCCUGAUAUGAAUAAUAGUAUAAAAAUGGAAGUAGGAAUUGAAGAUUGUUUACAUAUUGAGUUUGAAUACAAUAAGUGCAAAUAUCAUUUGAAAGAUGUAAUUGUGGGUAAAAUUUAUUUUCUGCUAGUACGAAUAAAGAUAAAACACAUGGAAAUUGCUAUCAUUAAAAGAGAAACUACUGGAUCUGGUCCUAAUACAUUUAAUGAAAAUGAAACUAUAGCUAAGUAUGAAAUAAUGGAUGGAGCCCCUGUUAGAGGAGAAAGUAUUCCUAUUCGAGUAUUUCUUGCUGGUUAUGAUCUCACACCUACUAUGAGGGAUGUAAACAAGAGGUUUUCAGUGAGAUACUUUUUAAAUCUUGUUUUAAUGGACGAAGAAGAUAGACGCUAUUUUAAACAACAAGAAAUAACAUUAUGGCGGAAAGGAGAAAAACAUUUAAAAGGAAUGCAAAAUCGUAAUGAACCUUCUCAUUUAGUCUCUGGUAAAGACGGACCUAAAGGAAGUGAAGCUCCACGAACUACAACUCAAUCAGUUGAACCAUCUGGUUCACUUGACAAUACUGACUCGGAAAAUGAUCAUAACCAUUCCCCAAUGAAUGAAGGCGAUGAUGAACAAAUACGUUCAUCAAUUGAAGAUAGUACUAGUGAAUAAAUGAAAUAGUAAUAAUAUUGUUUUAAAUUUAAGAAAUGCCAUUAAUUUUGAUUCCGAAUUUCUUUAGAAAAAUACAAAUAACCAGUUAUUUUAAACCUUAAAAAAUAAUAGUGUAUUAUGCCUAGUCCUAAUUAUUGAAAA